UCCCGAGCAGAGCGGAGCGGCGGGAGCGGCGUGCCCCGGCCCCGACCCACCAGCCCCGGCGAUGUUCAGCUGGCUCGGGGUGCAGGGCGGGCGCCCGCGGAACGGCGAGGCGGAGGACGUGGUGCAGACGGUGACGGGCGGCCUGAAGGAGCUCUACGCCAAGAAGCUGCUGCCCUUGGAGGAGCACUACCGCUUCCACGAGUUCCACUCGCCCGCCCUCGAGGGCGCCGACUUCGAGAACAAGCCCAUGGUGCUCCUCGUCGGCCAGUACAGCACCGGCAAGACCACCUUCAUCAGGUACCUGUUAGAGCAGGAUUUUCCAGGGAUGAGGAUUGGUCCAGAGCCGACAACAGAUUCUUUCAUUGCCGUGAUGUAUGGAGAUACCGAAGGGAGCACUCCAGGAAAUGCUCUUGUUGUGGACUCAAAGAAGCCAUUCCGCAAACUCAGUCGUUUUGGCAAUGCAUUCUUGAAUAGGUUCAUGUGUGCUCAGUUACCCAAUCAGGUUCUCAAGAGCAUCAGUAUCAUAGACAGCCCUGGCAUCCUUUCGGGAGAAAAACAGCGGAUCAGUAGAGGCUAUGACUUCUGUCAGGUCCUGCAAUGGUUUGCCGAAAGAGUGGAUCGUAUUAUCCUCUUAUUUGACGCUCAUAAACUCGAUAUUUCUGAUGAGUUCUCAGAAGCGAUCAAAUCAUUCCGGGGCCAGGAUGACAAGAUCCGAGUGGUAUUGAACAAGGCCGAUCAAGUGGACACCCAGCAGUUAAUGCGGGUCUAUGGUGCACUCAUGUGGUCCUUGGGAAAAGUGAUCAACACUCCAGAAGUCCUGAGGGUCUACAUUGGCUCCUUCUGGGCUCAGCCCCUGCAGAAUACAGAAAACAGGAAGCUGUUUGAGGUAGAAGCACAGGAUCUAUUCCGGGACAUUCAGGGCCUACCUCAAAAGGCGACUGUGAGGAAACUCAAUGACCUUAUCAAGAGGUCGCGACUCGCAAAGGUACAUGCUUAUAUCAUCAGCCAUCUAAAGAAGGAAAUGCCUGCAGUAUUUGGAAAAGAAAGUAAGAAAAGAGAACUGAUCAACAGCCUCCCUGAGAUAUAUCGUCAGUUGCAACGGGAACACCAGAUCUCCCCGGGGGACUUCCCAGAAGUCAAGAAAAUGCAGGAACAACUGGAGGCGUACGACUUCACCAAAUUCCACUCUCUGAAACCGAAGCUGAUCGAAUCUGUGGACAACAUGCUGUCCUCUAAAGUUGCUUCCCUAAUGAAUCUGAUCACCCAGGAAGAGCGCAGCAUGCCUACGCAGAUGGUGCACGGCGGGGCAUUCGAUGGCACCACAGCAGGACCGUUUGACCACGGCUAUGGGGAAGGCGCCAAGGAAGGAGCUGGUGAGGAGGAAUGGAUUGUUGCCAGAGAUAAACCUGCAUACGAUGAGAUUUUUUACACCCUGUCACCCAUCAACGGCAGAAUCUCUGGGGCCAGUGCAAAGAAGGAAAUGCUGACCUCCAAACUGCCGAACAGCGUCCUGGGGAAAAUCUGGAAGCUUGCAGACUGUGACUGUGACGGCAUGUUGGAUGAGGAAGAAUUUGCACUGGCAAAACAUCUCAUCAAGAUAAAACUGGAGGGAUAUGAACUCCCCAGUAUCUUACCUCCCCAUUUGGUGCCUCCAUCGCAUAGAAAAUCUUUGUAGAUGUAGUGAUAAAACAUGUUGUUAAAAUGUUGAAGGGGGUUAGCCAUGAAAGCCAUGUAAAUGUUUUAACACUCCUGAUAUUACAGUUAUUGGCAAGGCUUUUUAGGGCCACUUCAAACUAAAGCAAAUACCACUUAUUUGUUAGUGGGGAAAAUGGAAAUCCUCAUGUGUAACAUUACUCCGGGAGGGAGCAAUUUCAGAUGCACCUUCCCAGUGUUUGUUCAACAGGUAUACACUCAGUAAAAUACACAUGCAUAGUGGUCAUGAUCAGGGGUCAUUUCCUGCAGGAGCGCACAGGAGCAGAGCUCCGGCAGUAAAGAGCCCAG